UCACAUGGUUCCGGGCCGCAGGAGGCGCGCGCCGGUGCGACGUCAACACAGCCCACUAAGCUCCCCCGACCUGUGUACGGCAGCCCGGCCCCGGCUGAGUCCUGCGAGGGCCUGGGUCGGGCAGUUUGCUGACUCCCUUUGCGGCCGCUAUGGACACCUCUGGGAAGGAAGCGGAGGCGAUGGCGCUGCUGGCCGAGGCCGAGCGCAAAGUGAAAAACUCGCAGUCUUUCUUCUCGGGCCUCUUUGGAGGCUCAUCCAAAAUAGAGGAAGCAUGCGAAAUCUACGCCAGAGCAGCAAACAUGUUCAAAAUGGCCAAAAACUGGAGUGGUGCCGGAAACGCUUUCUGCCAGGCAGCCCAGCUGCACCUGCAGCUCCAGAACAAGCACGAUGCGGCCACGUGCUUUGUGGAUGCCGGCAACGCGUUCAAGAAAGCCGACCCCCAAGAGGCCAUUAACUGUUUGAUGAGAGCAAUCGAGAUCUACACAGACAUGGGCCGAUUCACGAUCGCAGCCAAGCACCACAUCUCCAUCGCUGAGAUCUACGAGACGGAGCUGGUGGACAUUGAGAAGGCCAUCGCCCACUACGAGCAGUCUGCAGACUACUACAAAAGCGAGGAGUCCAACAGCUCAGCCAACAAGUGUCUGCUGAAGGUGGCCAGUUACGCUGCACAGCUGGAGCAGUAUCAGAAGGCCAUUGACAUCUACGAGCAGGUGGGGACCAAUGCCAUGGACAGCCCCCUCCUCAAGUACAGCGCCAAGGACUACUUCUUCAAGGCGGCCCUCUGCCACUUCUGCAUCGACAUGCUCAACGCCAAGCUUGCUGUGCAGAAGUACGAGGAGCUGUUCCCUGCUUUCUCUGACUCCCGAGAGUGCAAGCUGAUGAAAAAAUUGAUAGAUGCCCAUGAGGAGCAGAACGUGGAGAGCUACACUGAGGCGGUGAAGGAGUAUGAUUCCAUCUCUCGGCUGGACCAGUGGCUGACCACCAUGCUGCUUCGUGUCAAGAAGACGAUCCAGGGUGACGAGGAGGACCUGCGCUAAGCCCUGCCCAGCCCCCUAGCACCUCUUCCUGCCCCUCCGCUCUCCCCGGUGGCCCCUCCAACGAAGAUCAGUGUGAGCCCAGAGAGAGGUGGGCAUGAGACCUUGGCUGCGGGACCUUCCCUCUCUUCCACCAGGAGUCUCGCAGGCCACAGAGCAGGCUCAGCACUGCUUCGGCGCCCUUGAGGCCGGGCCUGCUGGCCAGUCAUCCUGUUCUCUCUGCACCCCCUGCCCCCUGCCCAUUUAUUUAAGCCCCAAAGGUGCCCUUCUCCUCCCCAAAACACAGACCUAUUUGCUGUGGGUGCUGCCAGGAGGUGGGGGGUCAGCAUCUGGCCCCCAUCUCCCUACUGGCUGAGGUGUGAGGUGGUUUUCUGUCUCCCCACUUCUGUCCCCCAGCUGAGCUCUGAGCACAUGCAGCCGCCGAGAUUUGCUCUUGCCGCUGGGAGUGGGCUCCUCCCUGUCCCGCCCCAGGGCCAGGAGCUUCCUGCAGCCCAGACCUCUCAGGGACCUCCCAGGCCCUGGAGCUCAGAGGGUCCCGCACCCAGCCCACAUCUGCUCCUCCCUAGUGCUUUGAGGUUUUGUCAGUGGGAAGCUGCAGCUGGCCCAAGAAAGAAAAUAAAAAACAACACUUCGCAUGAG